AUGUCGGGAUCAGCUAUCGAUGCGCUGCCCUACAUUGACAAGCAGGUCGAGGAUCCUGCCAUCAAGCAAAAGGCGCAGGCCCUGAUCGAGGCCGAGCUCGCCGCGACGUCGAAGGUCGCUGACGACGACGUGCGGUUGCCGAAGGAUGUGGAUGUUUUUCCUAAAAGCGAGGAGCUCUCGAAGCUGCUGGCGAACUACGCCAAUGAGCCGAUCCGCGGCAUCGACCCGGGACGCUAUGCGCCGCCAGCAGUGAACGACGACGCAACGGAGGAAGAGCUCGUUGCUGCAGAGCAGCGCGGACGGAUAUCUGAAGGACAUAUGGACCUCCGAAACGAGAGCAUCGGCGUGAUGCAGUCGUACGGACCGAACGCGUGGCUUGUCCGCAACUACCAGCUCAAGUCGCAGCUGGAGGAACUGCAGGGAACGCUUGCUCGCGUGAAGGAGGACGUGACGGAGGUGAACCGCGCGCGCCGUGUCGCUCAGGAGGAGGCCGGCGAGCACCUCGCGCGCCUCGAGGGACGGUGGCAGGACAUGGUGUCCAGCACUGUCCAGCUCGAGAUGGCCUGCAUGGCCAUGGAGGGCGAGGUUGCGCAGCUGCGCCGCAAGGAGGAGCAACUCAAGAGCGAGGUCGCCGCCCUCGAGGGCUGA